AUGGAUUGGCAAGAAUCUCAAGCUCAAUCUCAAAUACAACGGUCUCCAUUGCAUCAACAGCAACAACAAACUCAGUGGCAACAAACACCACAACAGCAAAAUCAGUGGAAUCAAAAUUGGUCUGAUGAGCAAAAUUGGCAAACUGAUUUUGAUAUAUCGACUGUUGACAUAAAAGCUGUAGCAAUGUCAUGGCAUUCUUUUGCCAACCCUAAUAUAAAAGAGAGAGAUGAUGGUUUGGGUUCAGGUCAAUUACAUCGUCAUGGAAGAAAUUACAUUCCUGUUGAUGAAGAAACUUUAUUCGAAAUUCAGAAUAAAAAAAACGUUGGUAAAAAAAAAAAAUCCCUACCUCUUCCACCAUCGCCUCCUCAACCUAGAUCUUAUAGAGAUCCUAUCCCUCCUUCUAAAACCAAGCCUUCUUACAGAUCUUCACCUUCCACUUCUCAUAGGCCACCACCACCAACGUCAACACCAACGUCAGCAUUAAAUUAUUAUCAGAAACAAAGUAGUUAUCACCAGAGGAAUUCUUAUCAAUCACGAUAUAAUCAGCAAAAACAAUCUCAUCCACAAGAUUCUGCCAAUUGGAGAUCAAGAUCUAGGCAAAACACUACAGAUCAGGAUACUAAAUCUCAACCAGAUUAUAACAAUAAUGUUAAUGUUAAGAAUGUUAACAAUAAUGUUAAAAGUAGCAAUGAUGUUAAUAACAAUAAUGUUAAAAGUAACAGUGAUGUUAAUAACAAUAACAUUAAAAGUAACAAUGAUGUUAAUAACAAUAAUGUUAAAAGUAACAAUAAUGAAAAUUUUAUAACUAAUAAUAAUAAUGAUAAAAAUAAUAAGGAAAACUAUAAUGACAACAAUAAUAAUUAUAAUAAUUAUAAUAAUUAUAAUAAUUCAGCAACGAUACCUUCAAGCACUCUGAAUUCACAAUCUGAUAAAAAUCUUUCUUCACCAAAUUAUUCUACUACUCCAAAAUGUGUUGAUAAACAUGAUCAUGGCCAGCUUCUUUUAACAAUAAAUGCGGAACUUGAGGAUGGUCAUACUCUAACAAUCUGUGUUCAUGUCAAUGAUGAUCCUGCUGAUUUGGCAAAAAAUUUUUGUGAUUCAUUGAAGGUAACAAAUCCAUUGUUGGAACCUGCAUUAGUAGCUUUAAUUGAAGAAGAAAUGGAUGUAAGACUUGGUUCACUUUAA